GAAAAUUUGAUAUUCCCUCCAAAACACCCCUCCAAAACCUAAACAAAAAAUUACAAAUUCAUACAGGCAUUGCAUAUUUAAAUGAAUGCAUUCAUUUCACUUAUCUUCUUCACUUUAUUAUCUUUAUCUUUUUACUGGCCCGGUUGCCUUCAAUGCCCCCUCCCGAGCAGCCUUCUUCACCUUCGUCUUUAUCGACACAUGACUCCUCGUCGUUGCACCAUCUACCCGAUGUUAAAGAAGUCCCCUUCGACAACCUUUUCACCCCUGCAGCAGAAACAGAAACAAAAACAGAAGCACAGAGUAAAGGAGCUCAACUUAAUCAAAAAAGAAAAAGAGUUGCUGAUGUUUUACUAGAAAAGUCAAAGGAUGGCAAACUUCAGCACGGUUUAAUCAGCAAAGUUGCUGAGGAAUUCAGCUUUACAAGGAAAACUGUGAGCAACAUUUGGCAAAUUGCUAAAGCACAAUUGGACUCCGGCCUACCUAUUGAUGUUCAAUGCCAUUGGAAAGGAAGUUGUGGCAGAAAAAGGGUGCCUGUAGACAUGGAAAAACUGGCAGCUAUCUCGCUGUCUAGACACAAGAACAUGCGUGCACUUAGCUUUGCCAUGGAGGUUUCAAAAUCCACAGUCCACCGAUGGCUAAAGCGCAAAGAAAUAAGGAGACAUUCAAGUGCUAUAAAGCCAUACUUAUGUGAGUCAGUAGGCAGGCCAAGGUAUGGGGAGGGUGGAGAUGUGUUAUGGGAUGGGAAAAUAGGCAUUUUCCCAUUCACUUUUGAACAGGCAGCGCAAAGGUCUAGUAAAAACAGGCCUGCAGGGACAUUGGAAACAAAGGCUGAACCAACUGUGAAUAGAGAUGUUAUGAAGAGAAUGUUACUGACUAAUUUGAUACCUGCAAUUAAGCAGAAAUGGCCUGGGUCAUCAAGGGAUAUUAUUAUCCAACAAGAUAAUGCUAAGCCUCAUGUGGAUGGCAAUGACCCUGAAAUUGUUGCUGCUGCUCAAGAAGGGGACUGGAACAUUCAACUGAAAUUCCAGCCCCCCAACAGCCCUGAUUUAAAUGUACUUGAUCUAGGAUUUUUUAGAUCCAUUGACUCAGUACAAGACC